AUUUUGCCCAGCAAAUUUCUGCAUCGUCUCUUUCCGAUCGCCCCGAGCUCUGGCGCUCACUCUGCAUACGAGAUCGAAGCAGAGAGUGCGAUCAUGGAGGCCCCGGAGUUCGACGAAGCUCCAGCUCUGGCGUUGUUGGAAUCCGCUCUUUCCCACGUCCAGUGGCGCCUCAAGUCCUCCUCCAAGCGUCGUCUCCAAAUAGAUGCGAUGGCCUUGUGCGCGGGGAUGAGGCCGGUGGUCAUGGUGGACUAUGGAGGGAAGCUGCCUGAACUGCAGCAACAUCUGUGCGCUCUGUUAAGAUUCUGUCACCAGGAAUCACGCAUAUUUGAGCAUUUAAGGGUAAUGCUUAUAGAGGAUAUGAUUUAUUUAGUACAUAGGAGAGGACUUGCCGAACACGUGAGAUCUAGCUUGAACUCAGAAGCACAACUGUUCUUCGUGGACCUUGAACAGGAUCCUCCUCAGAUGAUAAGAGAAAGGGAAGACAAUGUUGCAGCAAUUCAGCUUGUUUCAGUCCAGAAGAUCUUCUCUCUGCAUUUUCCCAUUAUAGAACAGAACAAUGAAAGCUUACCAUGCAAUAAUACAAGCAUAGUAAGCACUGCUACAUCUUCGGUUGAUGAUUCUACUGCUCUGGAUCCUGACUGUAUUGAUUUGAGUAGCUGUCUGAAAGAUACAAAGAUUAGCAUCCCAACAUUGAAUGGAUGGCUUCUUGGUUAUCCAGUCGUGUAUUUGUUCAGCACAGAGCACAUUGAAGAGGCGAUCUAUAAUCUUUCUACCAAGUCACUUCGUAUCUUCAAAAUUUUAAUCUCUAGGAAAAAGACCCGUGGAAAAGUUACUGAACCAGAAGAAGAAUUAAUGAGCUUUUCGGUGCCUUAUGAUCUGAGCAUGGGGGGAGUCGUGAGCCGUGGGCCGAAGCAUUCUUGUCCGAUAUGCACGAAAGGUGGGGAAGAUGCAAGCCUGCUUGGGGUGCGUUGCGUAUGGAGGUCACCGAAUGCUAUCCACAAGCCAUUGUGCUGUAGUAUGAUUGGAUGAUUUAUAUCUUGUUCAUUCGCAACAAACUGUUCUCUAUGCACCAAAUAUGCUCGGAGCUCGAGCAAUGCAGCAACCAGUGACCCACUAUUCUUGCAUCGCCAAAUGAACACAGAUGCAGUCAGGCAUAUGUUAUAAUGGGCAGAUACUGUAAAACGGAAGAAGAAAUCACUGACUUGAAACAUGUCUGCAAUU